AAAGUGUUCAAUUUCAUUGACAAAGUUUUUUCGGAUUUUGAUGCAAUUGUGGAAUCUUUUGGCAUGUUCAAGUAUCAUCACAUUCAAGACUCUUAUGUAAUCGCAUGUCCAAGAUCAGCCAAUCCUUUCGAUGCACCAAUGCACCAUGACGAGUAUGUCCUCUACUCAACACGCAGAAUGAUUCAGCUGGCAGAUUGUCUGAUACGACGUGCUCGAUUAUAUUUCUCUGCUUCAGGACACGUUCUUUGGGCGAAAGUGGGUAUCAGUUCAGGCCCCGUGGCAGGAGCUGUAGUUGGAUAUCAAAGAAGAUUUUACUGCCUUUUUGGAGACACUAUUAACACGAGCGCGAGAAUGUGCUCGCACUCAGAGCCGAGUAGAAUCUUAUGUACGCAGUCCGUGAUGGAUGUCUUGAAGCGUGGAAAUUUCCCGGAGAUUUCCCUUGUAGAAAAACCAACGAUUGAUGUAAAAGGUAAAGGAUUGAUGACGUGUUAUUUC